AAUGCAGUGUCAAUGAUGAAAAUGACAAGCGGCUGUCAGAAACUUUUGAAGUUUCUUUUUAGUGUUUGACAGCUUUCAUAGCGAAAGGCUAAGCCAUGGCUCCCAGGAAAAACAAAGUUGCAAAAGAGGAGGUACAGGUUACACUAGGCCCCCAGCAUUUAGCCGGUGAAACCGUCUUUGGGGUUGCCCACAUCUUCGCUUCAUUCAAUGACACAUUCGUUCAUGUUACUGAUUUAUCUGGACGGGAAACCAUCGCCAGGGUAACCGGAGGCAUGAAGGUUAAGGCUGAUCGUGAUGAAGCUUCCCCUUACGCUGCUAUGUUAGCUGCCCAGGAUGUUGCUGAAAAAUGCAAAACAUUGGGCAUCACAGCUUUACACAUUAAACUCAGAGCCACCGGUGGCAACAAGACGAAGACACCAGGACCAGGUGCUCAGUCUGCUCUGAGAGCUCUGGCUCGCUCCAACAUGAAAAUUGGUCGCAUUGAGGAUGUUACGCCCGUGCCAUCAGACUCCACACGCAGGAAGGGUGGUAGACGAGGACGCAGGCUGUAAAUUUUUAAGUUUAUUCUCAUUAACUGUGAAUUGGAAUAAAGUGAUUCACAGUUA